AAUGCCAAACUUUUCAGGACUGAAGGAGUGUAAGAUGAUUCAGAUUCAGGUAGAACAACAAAAAGCUUAGUUGAAUAAGAGCAAUGGCGGUUCCCAAACCGAACCACUGUAAACAGUCUACGCCAAAGUUUGCGUGUUGAACAUUUGUCACAAGACUUCGAAAAUGGCACGUCAGCCGUCAGGGGGCAGAAGCGACUAGACUCGCGGUUUGAAGUUCUCUAUUUCCAUCAUCAACCUCUUGAUUACCUAAUCUCCGAUUCCUAAAUCACCCCCACCGCCUGAGCUCAGACCACUUCCCGGCCAACCUGCCUUCCAAAACAUAUCUUCUCAUUGAGUUAAUUUUUGUUGUUUUCAUUUUCUUAUCCUUUCUUCUUCGAUCAGAGAAUUUCUGCAUUGUUGCUUUGAAUUUUCUGUUGAAGUCGAUGUGACCGUGAAGUAGGGUUGAAGUCCAGCUGCAAUAUGGUGGUAGACGAAUUUUAACUUGUAAGAGCUGAAGUUUUUGCUGAAAAAAGUAAAUACAAACAAAAAUGUCGGUGACGGAGCUCAGAGAGCGGCACACGGCUGCAAUGCAGACCGUGAGUAAUCUCCGAGACCGGCUUAAGGAGGAGCGCCGCCGUCUCCUAGAUACAGAUGUCUCUAACUAUGCCAAGUCACAAGGAAAAACUCCUGUCACCUUCGGCCCGACAGAUCUGGUCUGUUGUCGGACCCUGCAAGGGCACACGGGCAAGGUGUAUUCACUGGAUUGGACUCCUGAAAAGAAUCGUAUCGUCAGUGCAUCUCAAGAUGGAAGGUUAAUAGUAUGGAACGCUCUCACAAGCCAGAAGACACAUGCAAUUAAGCUACCAUGUGCUUGGGUUAUGACAUGUGCAUUUUCUCCAAGUGGACAGUCUGUAGCCUGUGGAGGGCUGGACAGUGUUUGCUCCAUCUUCAAUUUGAACACUCCUCUUGAUAGAGAUGGGAACUUACCCGUGUCCAAAAUGCUUAGUGGGCAUAAGGGUUAUAUAUCAUCGUGCCAAUAUAUUCCAGAUGAUGAGAUUCACUUAAUAACAAGUUCUGGAGAUCAUACUUGUUUUCUGUGGGAUAUAACUACCGGUCUGAAAACUUCUGCAUUUGGGGGUGAGUUUCAAUGUGGGCAUACUGCUGAAGUGUCAAGUGUCUCGGUCAGCACAUCAAGUACACGAAUGUUUGUCUCUGGGUCGUGUGAUAAGACAGCCCGCCUUUGGGACACUCGUGUGGCUAGUCGAGCAGUCCGUACAUUCCACGGUCAUGAAGGAGAUGUUAACGCCGUCAAGUUCUUUCCAGAUGGUAAUAGAUUUGGUACCGGUUCUGAUGACGGGACUUGCCGAUUAUAUGACAUUAGGACUGGGCAUGAAUUACAAGUCUACUCUCAGUCCCGUAGUGAUAAUGAACUCCCCCACGUGACUUCCAUUGCUUUCUCAAUUUCUGGCCGUCUUCUCUUUGCUGGGUACUCCAAUGGAGCUUGCUAUGUAUGGGACACUCUAUUGGCAAAGGUGGUCCUAGAUCUUGGUGCAGUUCAAAACUCUCAUGAUAACCGCAUAAGCUGUUUGGGAGUAUCAGCUGAUGGAAGUGCAUUGUGUACAGGAAGUUGGGAUACAAAUCUCAAGAUUUGGGCUUUCGGAGGGGUCAGAAAGGUGAUAUGAACCAGAUGGAUGGCAACUUCUUCCAUUUUGGAACUUUUUAUCCUUCAUAAUGGCAACACUAUGAGGGAGAUGAAAUCGUUUAUGCAUCUGUAUUAUUAUUUUCCGAGUUGUCUGGGAGCUUUGUAAUAUUAUUGUUAGGGCUAAGUAUAAAUAUAUCCAAGAGUUAAACUAUAAGUGACAAAACACCCAUAUCCACCUGAUCUUUUCUUGAAUUUUGGAACAGUACUACUCUUCCAAAGUUCACUUUUAAUAUAAAAAUACCC